UUUUUCUACUCGAGUAUGCCACCGAGUUCUACAAAAAACACAGAGAUACUUAAUAGAAAAUGCACAGCUCAUAGAUUACUAUGCAUUAUCUUAUCUUUUGUUGAAGUGAAACCUGCAGCUGCCAGCCAUCCAAGGGUUCACUCCCAAUCACGUGGGCAAAUCGGUUAUCGUGGUUGCCGUUUCGUUUCCUCAGUUGACAAGCUUGAAGCUCCAAGCUCCACCACAGCAGCCUCAACUUGCUCGCCACCUCGACUCUACAACACCAUCCGCCUUCUUCAACUGUGGAGAGCUUUGCAUAAACAAAACCAAUACUCUCUCUAUCACAACCCGAACCCACGAGAAAACCGCAGCGAUGGGAGACCCGAGAGAGUCGUCAUCGUACAAUGUUACGCCAAGAAUCCGAUACAACACUAUUGGCGGUGUCAACGGUCCUUUGGUCAUCGUCGAGAGCGUAUGUGCAUAUGAAUGAUGGUGGGGUUCUGGCUGGACUUAUGCUGAUAUUUGCAAAGGUCAAAUUCCCUAGAUACAAUGAGAUUGUUACCUUGACGCUGCCUGAUGGCACUGAGAGAUCUGGGCAGGUCCUGGAAGCCCGAGGUGAGAAGGCUUCAAAAUCCAUGUCGAACCUAUUUAUACUAACUUACUACUUCAGGAAACCGCGCCGUUGUGCAGGUAUAUACAACUCGCAUAUGGAGCUCGAAAGGAUGGUGCUGAUAAUGGAGUUUAGGUUUUCGAAGGAACACCCGGUAUUGAUGUUAAGAAGGUGGGGGAUUAUCCGCAGAUUUGGUGGUUCCGUACUGACAAAGUCGCAGACUAGAGUUCAGUUUACCGGCCAGAGUUUAAAGAUUGGGGUUUCCGAAGACAUGUUGGGUCGUAUCUUUGAUGGUUCUGGAAGGGCUAUUGACAAGGGACCAAAGGUGUUGGCUGAGGAUUACCUGGACAUUAACGGAAGUCCCAUCAACCCAUUCUCUCGAGUAAGUGCACUUAUUCGGACUAUCGAGAGAUACUUAUUAAGAUAUAUAGGUGUACCCUGAAGAAAUGAUCUCUACCGGUAUCUCUGCGAUCGAUACGAUGAACUCGAUUGCCCGUGGACAGAAAAUCCCCAUCUUCUCUGCUGCAGGUCUCCCACAUAACGAAAUCGCUGCUCAGAUUUGUCGGCAGGCUGGUUUGGUGCAGAAGAAGGGCAUCACGAAUAAGGGUGUGCACGAUGGCCAUGAGGACAACUUCUCGAUUGUCUUCGGAGCCAUGGGUGUGAACUUGGAGACCGCUCGAUUCUUCACCAGAGAUUUCGAGGAGAACGGUAGUAUGGAACGAACAACUUUGUUCCUAAAUUUGGCAAAUGAUCCUACGUAAGUUAAGCGAAACCUAUCUUGUUUUCACAUUUCUAACAAAACUUUAGAAUUGAACGUAUUAUUACCCCACGUCUCGCUCUUACCACCGCCGAAUACUACGCCUAUCAACUCGAGAAGCACGUUUUGGUCAUUCUUACCGAUUUGACAUCUUACUGUGACGCUCUUCGUGAGGUUUCUGCUGCCCGUGAAGAAGUUCCCGGUCGACGUGGUUACCCAGGUUACAUGUACACGGAUUUGUCCACCAUCUACGAGCGUGCUGGUCGUGUAAAUGGACGAAAUGGAUCUAUUACCCAGAUUCCAAUUCUGACUAUGCCCAACGACGAUAUCACCCAUCCAAUUCCUGAUUUGACUGGUUAUAUCACCGAGGGGCAAAUCUUUAUCGAUCGUCAGCUCGACAACCGUGGUAUCUACCCACCCAUCAACGUUCUUCCUUCGCUCUCUCGUCUUAUGAAGUCUGCCAUUGGUGAGGGUCACACGCGAAAGGAUCACGGUGAUGUGUCCAAUCAAUUGUAUGCCAAAUAUGCCAUUGGUCGUGAUGCGGCCUCAAUGAAGGCAGUUGUUGGAGAGGAAGCUUUGUCUUCGGAAGACAAGCUUUCUCUGGAAUUCUUGGAGAAGUUCGAGCGAACCUUCAUCGCGCAGUCACCAUAUGAAUCGAGAACGAUUUACGAAUCGCUUGAUCAAGCGUGGUCAUUGUUGCGCAUCUUCCCCAAGGAGCUUCUUAACCGUAUCCCAUCCAAGGUUCUGGCAGAGUUCUACCAACGAUCGGCGACUGACCGCAAGGGGAAGGGACGGGCCAGCACCAAGGACACCAAGGAUAACAGCGAAGAAAGCAAACCCAACGGUAGUCAAGAGGGGAACUUGAUUGACGCGUAA